GCGCCUAGGGUUUCGGUGAUAGAGUAGAAGCGGAGCCGCCACUGGUGAGAGAAAAAUGGUGAAGUUCCUGAAGCCAAACAAGGCCGUCAUCGUACUUCAAGGUCGCUACGCCGGUCGCAAGGCCGUCAUCAUCAAGUCCUUUGACGACGGCACUCGUGAUCGCCCCUACGGCCACUGCUUGGUUGCUGGAAUAAAGAAGUACCCUAGCAAGGUCAUCCGGAAGGACUCUGCCAAGAAGACCGCAAAGAAGUCCCGCGUGAAGUGCUUCGUCAAGCUUGUCAACUACCAGCACCUCAUGCCCACUCGCUACACCCUCGAUGUAGACUUGAAGGAUGUGGUUACUCUGGACGCUCUGCAGAGUAAGGACAAGAAGGUGGCUGCUUGCAAGGAGACCAAGAGCAGAUUCGAGGAGAGGUUCAAGACUGGCAAGAACAGGUGGUUCUUCACGAAGCUCAGGUUUUGAUUUCGUGGGCUGCCUUCAUUUUUCCCAAAAUGCUGUUUUCCGACUUGAUUUAUAGUUGCUGUUAAGGUGGAAUCUGUGGUUUAUGUAGUUUUGUUUUUUCUUUUUUAUCUUUUAAGAACAUAUUUGAAUCUUUUUUGGACGAGAUAUUUUUGGAUCUACUGUUACUGCCACCAUAAUGCUUAUCUUGGAAUUAGAUUUGCUUCUUAUACUGUGUGAGUUGCUUAUCUCCAUACCAGAAUGCAAUGCUAUCUU